AAGGCUACGGACUGACGGAAACUACAGCCUCGGCUACACUCAUGGAUUGGGACGACCUAUCAGUGGGCAGUGCGGGCCCACCACUAGAGGGCGUUCAGCUUAAGCUCAUUGAUUGGCCGGAAGGCAACUAUUGGGCGGUGGAUAAGCCUAACCCUCGCGGGGAGAUUGUGUUGGGAGGGCCGGCCAUUACGGACGGGUAUUAUAGGAAUGCGGAACUCGGACGAGACGUUUUUGGCGUCGAAAAUGAGGUCAAAUGGUUCCGUACGGGAGAUAUCGGGGAGAUUUUAGAGGACGGCUCUGUGCGUAUCAUUGAUAGGAAAAAGGAUCUGGUUAAACUACAGUUCGGUGAAUACGUGUCUCUGGGAAAGGUCGAGGCGGCGCUCAAGUCGUGUCUAUUGGUGGACAACAUUUGUUGCUACGGGAACUCCUACCACACGUAUCUAAUCGCGUUAAUCGUGCCCAACCUCAAACAACUACAAACAGUGGCCGAAAAACUCGGCAAAUCAUCUCAACUACAGCUACCGGAGCUGUGCGACGACCGGGAAGUUGUCGCCGCAGUCGGUGCUGCUAUCCAGGAGUUCGGUCGCGAGUCGGCGCUUAUGAGAGUGGAGGUGCCGACGAAAGUGGUGUUGUGUCGCGAGGAAUGGCUACCGGACUCGGGUCUGGUGACCGCGGCCCUCAAACUCCGCCGUAAAAUGAUUGAAGACUUUUAUCGUGCAGAUAUCGAUCGGCUAUACGCCGAGUGA